UUUGCUCUCCACUCCAGAGCUCUACGAAUCUCUCGCUGUAUCGUUGCGAAGAUCGAGCCGGAAGCCUUCGUCAAUCACUACGAAGUCGAUCACUAUCGUUACUUUCGCUUCAGGAGAAUCCCUAAGAGACUACCGUCAAGAUGGUCGACAAGACUAGAGUGUACAACUGGUACAUCUCGCUCGUUGCAGCAUCAUGCAUGGUGCUCUACGGUUACGAUGCGUCCGUCUUCAACGCGUUGCAAAACUCGAAGCACUGGAUCGCCUACUACGACAACCCCGGACCCAACAUCAUCGGCGCCAUCAACACAUCAUAUACUGUUGGUGCUGUUGUAGCUGGUUUCUUCAUGGCUGGUCCUCUUGCUGAUUUCGCUGGACGACGAGUCGGUAUGGCUGCUGGUUCCAUCUGUGUCAUCAUCGCUACCAUUAUGCAAACAUUCGCUCCUCGUGGACAAAUCGGUGUCUUCAUCGCUGGUCGUGUCCUCAUCGGUAUAGGACAAGGUCUCGCUCUUACUGCUGGUUCUAUUUAUAUCGGAGAGCUUGCUCCUUCUGAGAUCCGUGGAAAGAUCAUGUCCUUCUGGCAGAUGUUCUAUUCCGUUGGCUCUUUUAUUGCAUACUGGAUCUCCUUCGGUACCUCCAAGAACCCUAAGAAACUCGGCGAGUGGGACUGGAAGAUGGUGGUCAUUUUCCAGAUGAUGGUACCCAUCAUCAUCCUCUCCCAGGUUUUCUUCAUCCCAGAGUCUCCCCGUUGGUACGUUCAGAAGAACCGCAACUACGAAAAGGCCCGCCGCUCCCUCCGUCGCGUCCGUGCCACCGAGCAAGAUGUCGAAGAUGAGAUUACUACCAUCCGAGAGGCUAUUGAAUUCGAAGCCGAGGCUAUCUCAUCCGGCUUCUCUGCUCUGUGGAAGGACAAGUCUGUCAGAAAGCGCAUGUACAUUGCAAUGAUUGUAAACGGUGGUCAGCAGAUUACUGGACAGGGCACACUCAACUCCUACAGCUCCAUCAUCUACAAGAAGGUCUUCACGAGCGCCGACACUAUCUCCCUGAUCAACGCUCUGAAUGCCACUUUCAGUAUUCUCUUCACACUCAAUGCUACUUGGACUGUCGACCGCUUUGGACGCAAGUUCUUGUUCAUCGUUGGUGGUAUCGGCAUGGGCGUUUGUAUGCUUAUCGCCGCUACUGUGGAGACUCAGACACCUACGCUUCCCAGCGGCGCAAAGACUGAGCCCGUUGGUAUCGCGAUUGUAUUCCUCAUGUUCCUGUUCGCUCUAUUCUACAAGCCUUCUUGGGGCGCAACGGUAUGGAUCUUCACCGCGGAGAUCUUCUCCAUGAACAUCCGUGCCCAAGCUGUUGGCAUGUGCUCGCAAACCCAAAACGUUGUCAACUCCAUCGUCCAGCAGUUCUUCCCCGUCUUCCUCAAGAACGAGGGCUUCUAUGCUUUCUACAUGUUUGCUGCUAUCAACAUUCUGCUUGCAGCUUUUGUCUGGUUCUUCGUUCCCGAGACUAAGAAGGUUAGUCUCGAGGAGAUGGACGCCAUCUUUGGUGGCCAGAACCACGUUGUUGAGGGCGCUGCCAUUGAGGAGAAAGACCCGGCAAGGCACCACAGCGUUGUCGUUGACAACGACGCUAAGGGUGCUUCGGAGAGAGUCGAGAGGGUCUAAUCGGCCUUUAG